UUUUUUUCUUUCUAUCUUUCUCAUUACGUUCAAUGUUUUCUAACAGACUAUUUCCAGCCAUUUCAAGAUCUCUGUCAACUUUAACUCGAGUUCAUACAUCAAAUGCACCUGCAGCUAUUGGACCCUAUGCUCAAGCUAUUAAGGCUAACGGCCUAGUUUUUACUUCAGGUUCACUUCCAGUUGUUCCUGAAACAGGUGACAUUAUAAAGGGAGGAAUAAAGGAACAAACAGAACAAAGUUUAUCUAAUAUGGCGGAAGUUCUUAAAGCAUCUGACUCCGGAAUAGAUAAAGUUGUCAAAACAACUGUUUUUUUAAAGGAUAUGAAUGAUUUUGCUGCUAUGAAUGAUGUUUAUGCUAGGUUCUUUGAUAAGCAUCAACCAGCUCGUAGUGCAGUGCAAGUAGCUCGUCUUCCUAAAGAUGCCUUUGUUGAAAUUGAAUGCAUUGCAGUAACAAAUUAAGAGAAUUAUAUACAUAUUAUAUAUAUACAUAUAUAGUUUAUUAUAAUUAUUUAAAUAACAUAUGUAGCACC